GGUCCCUGUAUUCGGAGUGACAAUGAUUCGUUUCCCGUGUUCCAUCAGCUUCAUCAGCUGGAUAGGUUGAUAAACAUGUUCGGUAUCACAGCAAUCAUCAGGAGAAACUACAUACCAAGGCAAGACGGCAUCCCGACAUGCACUCGAUGAGGAUACCCUGUGGGUAUACUCACUGAGUCACGACCCAAAUGGAAGCGUCAAAGAUGCAUGCAAAGCCUCAAAUGCUAUCCUGGGAAGCAGCUUCUCUGUCGCCUUCCCAAGCUGUGUUAUAUAUGCUCAGAUGAGGAAGGGUCGAUGCUAUCUCAUGUGGCUUUUGGCGUCGCCUUCUUUUCAACCGUCUACCACCCUACCAAUCAUUUCCUAGUACAACAACAUUAUUCCACCAUGGUAUCCUGGUGGAGCAUCAUAUUUCGCAAAUCUCAUGUCGAGCAGCUCGUCCUCGAGACCGAUCCCAGAGCAAGACUACUUUAUCUUGAACGCCAACGCACGAUCUACUCCUUUCCUCUUCUCAGACUCUUUCCGGCCAACAGGCAGAAGACCAUUGCUCUCGGCGCCCAAAUCGAAGAACUCCAAUAUCUAAUACAGGAUCGACAAGGCAGACACUUCUCGCGAUACCGCAACGAAGACGACGAUGACGACGAUCCCUCACCCCCGUCAAGCGUUGGCGAUGAUGACGAACCUGCACCAGCACCACAGCCCACUGUUCAUGAAGAAGAGGAAGGUGAAGAGGAAGAAGGCUAUCUCCAGCGCACGCAGAUAGCACUUCUCGCCGACCAGCAAGCGGCCAGAAUGUCGACCUCGAUGGCAGAUACUGGCAUGCUUCCGUACAGUCAACCCGUCCGACGCUACUUGAGGGAGAGUCCUCGUGUACAGCCUAGAGAAUUCAUCAGCUGUCCUCAACUGCGCUUGAGUGAGAGCUCAGGUCAGAGCCGAAGCAGGAGCCUCAGUCACAGCCUGAGCCAGAGACAAACGCCAUCUCUACGCCACUCGCGGAGCGCUACCACUCAUCGACUUCCUCCAGAAAAAUCAACAAGUUCCGAUCAUAUGCGCUUGGCCAGUUUAUACACUGAAGACCACAUUGUCCGGGAUCUGGAAGAGCCACGACCUCAAGCUCGAGAUACGCUUUCACGCAUCUCCGAGGAAUCAUCCGCACAACUCCCGAGUCGACGUUCCAAGCCCAGGAGAUCAAGCCAAGGAAGACCGAAACCACCAGCCUCUGUGGGCCCGCCUGUGGUGCUGGAGCGUGAAUCCCGCCACUCGGAUCGGAUGAUCUUAACUGAGCCGUCCCUAAGAGCGCCAUCAGGCUCACGAAGCCACGGAGAUCCGUCCAGAAGAUCCAGACGAACUGGUCUAGCGUCCAAAUCAUGGGCAAGUGGAUAUCCGGAGCAAAUACACAUCAGACCGGAAAUGCGUGAUCCAAAUUCGGUCUUGCCGGGCGUGUUUGGAGGAGGCUUUCCCUCCUUCUAGAAAUAUCUUUCCCCUUCUUUUCAACCUAGGUGCCGCUAUCUCAGAUGUGUUCAUUCGUACACACAGCCGGCCCUGUCAAGAAAGAUGAAGCGUAAAACUGUGAUGGUCCUGGUCCCAAGCGAUAAUCAAAUGUUGACGGGCUCUCAAACCAUUUGCCAUGAUCCUUAAAAUGUUCGUAGCUUUUUACAGCCUGCUUUUGAUGAGGGACCGUGGAGUGGUAGUGUCGGCUUCUUAUCACCUUCUGCCUCUGG